AUGGGACAUGGAAUAGUAGGUUUUAUAAUAACUUUCAUUUCACUUAUUCAUGCGUCAUUUGCAAGUGUAAUUUCGGCUAUUGUCAUUGGUAUUAUUGUCUAUCAUCAAUAUCAUAAUCGUUUAACACGAGAAGAGAAAAUAACUCUCAUUCUCUCUGCUAAUAUCUUUUUUAAUACGAUUAUCUAUUCAGUGUUAUUAGCUUCAUGCAAUAUUCAUACAUUAUUAGGCGACAUAUAUGAGCAAAAUUUUGAUUCAUCAUGGUGUAUAUUUAGAGGAUAUCUUGUUACUAUCGCAUGUUGUGGUCUAUAUCAUGCUUUCGCUAUUCAGGCUUUCUAUCGUCUUUGUCGUAUUGUGUAUCCAAAUCAUAGAUGGUUUCAAUUUUACUGGCUUUAUGUCAUUGCAAUACCUGUUCAGUUAGCAGGAGCUUUUAUUGUUUUAUGUCCUCUUUUGAUCUGGCAUGAUAUCAUAUAUUUACCUAAUGAAUAUUAUUGUUUUGCUCCAUUCACAAAAGUUCGUGGUUUUCUUUGGCUUCUACUUAUUGCUUAUGGAUCACCUCUCUUUCUUUUAUCUCUUAUAUAUCUUCGUAUUACAAUAUUUAUUCGUCAACAACCCAAUAAUCAAACAUUGAUUGUAAACCAACGACAACAACGAGAUUUGGCUGCUAUUCAACGAAUUUUUAUUAAUGUUGGUCUAUUGGUGGUUUGUGGAACUCCAUGUGUAACCCUUCUGUUAAUGUACUUCAUCACUGGUAUUGAACAUCCAUUAAGCUAUCGUAUUACGUGGGCUGGACCCGAAGUGUCCAUGGGAAUAUUAAGUGUACAAAUGAUAUUUAUGACACCCCAAUUGAAAAAUAUUAUUAUAAGACGACGACAAAAUCGUGUGACUACUUUAGAUAUUACAAUUCCAAUGAGGGCCAUUGCCACUAAUCAAUGA